AUGUCAAGGAAAUUCUCACUGGUCGUUCUUGGGGCCACAGGCUACACUGGGAAACUGGUCUGUGAGUACCUUGCACGGCUUGGCCCGGGCAAAGUGGGACCCUGGGCGAUUGCGGGCCGCAGUAAAGAGAAGCUGGAUGCACUAAAGAAGGAGCUUGGCCUGGACGUCGCCGUGCUUUCUGCGGACAUUGCCAGCCCCAGCUCCCUUGACAAGGUCUGCGCCGGCACCACUGUGCUCAUUUCGUGCGCCGGACCCUUUACACGGAUUGGGAUGCCCGUCGUGGAGGCCUGUGUACGCUGCCGAACGCACUACGUGGACUCGACGGGUGAGCAUAAUUUUGUCCGUCAGGUCAUUGAACGGUUCCACGAGGAGGCGAAGAAACAGGGUGUUGCGCUGGUGUCCUGUUGCGCCUUUGACAGCGUUCCUGGGGACCUGGGCAACUACGCUGUGCGUCAAGGCCUUGGGGCACAAGUGGAGGAAGUAAAGGCGUUUUACCAGUUGUCGAGCCCCGGGUUGUCGGGCGGUACGGCACGCUCUAUCUUUGCGGUCCAUGAGGCCUGCGACCCAGCAGACAGGGACCCCUACAGCCUGCUCCCGAAGGAUGCUCCGCGACCCCCCACAGCGCCCACGCGGAGAGGGGUGUGGUACGACGUCUCAGAGAGGAAACUGACGGGGCCGUUUGUGAUGGCCGCCACCAACGAACGCGUGGUGCGUCGCACAAAUGCCUUGCUUGGCUACGGCGGCACCUACGUGGAGGCGCAGGAGGGAACGAUGGGAACCGUUGUCGGCGCAACUAUUGCGGGGUAUCUGACGGCGGCGGUGCUUGCUGUCCCCUUCCUCCGUCGCUACAUCGCGGAGCACUGGCUGCCACCGGCGGGAACAGGCCCCACACAGUCGCAGAGGGAACUGUCGUGGUACAAGUGCGUCUUUGUCGCCGUCGAUAAGUCCGGGAAGGUGCUGCGGCGCGUCAUCCUCUCCGACACGCGCGACGGGUACACGGCAAGCGGCCUGUACAUUGCGGAAGCGGCUCUCAGUGCGCUGCAGC